GGAGCGGAAGUUGAAGUCGCGGAAGAUUCAAAACGAGGAUGGCGACUACAAAUGAUCCCCAAAACAAUCACAAACUGGAUCGAAGGGAGGCUAAAUGCAGCGUGUUCCUCAGUCAUGAAAAGCCAAACACAAACCAGCCCGUGAUCUUAAACCCAGACUUCUUCGUGGAAAGGUUAAGACAUGAGUUUCCACAGGUUUUCACGGAUUUAUUGCUUAGCAACAUCACUCGACUCAUAGAUCUGCCCGGGGACGAGUUUGCUCAGCUGACAGGGGAGUCGGAGCCCAGAGUGGUCCCGUCCAGCGGCUUCCUGCGCUCCUUCAACUUCCUCAAACGGAAAGAAAAAGGAGUCAUUUUUGGAGCGCCCUUAACUGAAGAAGGAAUAGCACAGAUCUACCAGCUGAUUGAAUACCUGAGCAAAAACCUCCAUGUGGAAGGGUUGUUCCGUGUGCCAGGCCACAGCUUAAGGCAGACAGCCUUGAAAGAGAUGUUGAAUGCCGGGGCUGAGAUAGAUCUAGAGACGGGUGACUUCCACCCCAAUGACGCAGCCACGUUGCUCAAAGUCUUCCUGGGAGAGCUCCCGGAGCCUCUGCUCACGCACCGUCACUAUCAUGCUCACCUGAAGAUUGCAGAGUUGACUCGCUUUGAUGAUAAGGGCGAUAAGAUGAAUGUGCCAGACAAGGAACGCCAGAUAGAAGCAUUUCAGCUGCUUUUCAUGCUGCUCCCUCAUGCCAACCGCAGCUUGUUGAAGCUGCUGCUGGAUUUAUUGUAUAACACUGCUCGCAAUCAGCAAAUCAACAAGAUGUCUGCUAUUAAUUUAGCCACAAUGUUUGCUCCACACAUCAUCUGGCCAAAAAAUGUUAUGGCAAGUGAUCUUCAGGGAAACAUUGAGAAACUGAACAACGGUAUAGCAUUUCUCAUCAGGCAUUCACAAAAACUGUUCAAGGCACCUGGAUAUAUCACAGAAUAUGCUCAGCUUUACUUCCCAGGAUCAAAAACCCUUCAGUCACAUGAUGACUUGACCCUCAGUUCUGGAAAUAAAGAUGGGGCAACCGCUGCGCUAACCACUACUUCCCCAUCUCCCUCCAUGAGAACGGUCAAAGCUGAGAUCAGCGGCAGCAGCUGCAACGAGCCAUCGGAGACUCCGAGCUAUACCGAAUGUGCCCUCAAGGAGCUGUACCAGCAGGUCAGCAACAUGCCAGAGUCUGCCAAGAAGAAGAAACUCAUCAGACAGUUUGAAAAGCAGCCCUCGAUGACUCCGUCAGCAGAUUCACAGCCACCGUGCAUCAGGAGACACUGGCGGUCACGCUCACUGGGUGGAGUUAUCAAGAGAAAGCUGAUAGGAAGCCAAAUAUUAACAGAGAAAGAAAACGGGAAGAACGCAGAGUCUGCUUCCAAGCUCCUGAGCCUUUAAGCUGGGGGGAUCAAGCACCAUCUGUGGGGAGGUCAUGAAAGGAUCAUCUUGAGGCUGUGAGACAAAUGAAAACAAUUUGAUGAGCCAUUUGGAGCCAUUUUUUUAAGUUUCUUUUCUUCAUUGUAGGCCAGUUUGGUUUUCUUAUUCAGUUCAGAGUGAAUUUGAGUAUUUAAUUUUUUUAAUUGACUGAAAUAUGUUCAUUUAUUUAAAGUAAAAAAAUAUAUAGUUUUAUUGGUUAUUUGAAUAUUUUGGACUCUUGAAUAUUGUGCGUUAGCUGUAGUCUAACUGUGAAGUGCAGGUUUCCUGUUUCAGCGUUGAUCUGCUUGUAGAGUUGUUGAGAUGCAGACGCUGCAGGUUAAAGUAGUCAGUUCGGAGAUGUGCCUUAAACUAAAGCUAUUCGGAUGUUUCAUUGAGGAAUAUUUUAUUAGAAUUAACAUUUUUUUAACAGAUUUGCGUGUUUUUUUUUCCUUUUAUGAAGAACCAUUUAAUUUGGGAAUAAAAUAAAAAAGUUUUCACUAAAAAAGUAAGAAAUGUUGGAAAGGAAAUCCUGACUGAAAAGAAUAAGCUUGUGCAUUCUGUGAAUAAUAUUUUUUUGAAAAUCUUGCGUGAAUACUGAUGCCUUAAACUACUGUUACUUUGAUUCUACUCUGGUCUUUUUUCUAUUACUUUUGUCUGUUUUUUAUUAUUGCAAAAAUGUAUAUAGUUUUAUAGCGUUUUACAAUCUGAUUUUUACUCUUUAAGAAAUGUUAAAAUGUCUUUUUUUUCUUUGUUGGGGAAGGGGGGUAUUUUGUAUUUUUCUUUUUUACUACUUACAAAGUUUUAUUGGUUGAGUGCAAAUGAACAUGCAUUUUUCAUGUGCUUCUUUUUCAUCCGGGUAUUUAUUUGGGAGAUUUGGUUACUAUCACUUUUAACACCACCUUGUUGUCUUACUGAGUAAUACUUAACAAAGCUGUUGGAAGUUUACUAUAAUAAUGCAGCUGCUGCAUCGUCAACAUAACUUAUGUAAACAGCUGAUACUGGUGCUACUGAGAAGCUAUGCAAACCACUGUAAUGAAAUACAUUAUGCUUAUUCUAUUCUCUUUGAUUUAUAUGAGACUUGUGCUUUUUCUUUUCUUUCAGUGGUGGUAUUAUUUUUGGCUGUAUGAUGCUAUUUUAUUUGCGGCCACAAGGUGGUGCUGUUCAACUGCUAAUGACCGGGGCACCUCUGGGUCCGUGAAGUUAAAAAAGAUGUCGCGUAACUGAUUCGUCUGUGUGACACAUUUUUAUAUAGAAAAUCAAAAAGAGUCCAACUUAUAUUUAACAAUGUUAAAGCACUUAAACAUGUCAACAAAAAAAGUGCAACAUGUAUGUUUUAUACUAACACUGUCUGAAUACAUGGUCACAUUUCCCUUGAAAACAGUAAAUGUCACCACUUUAAUGUUUUCCAUGUUUAGCUGGAGGUCCCGCUGUCCUGCAGCCAGAAAGCAGGUAACAAGCUGCUUGUAAACUUUUGUAGGUUGUGGUAGUGAACGAGACGCCAAAUGAAAUUAAAAUGUACAUGAGUUUUAGACCUGUGACCAGAAAGGGGAAAAGAAAAAACCCAGAAAGCCACUAAAGGGAAACGGUACUGUCACGAAAAUGCCGUUUUCAAUGAUUUGCACACGCUGUACACAUUUAAUGGAGUUCGGGGGGUGAGUCUUUGGAUGGAUAGUAAGAGUGAAGACUGCUUUCCAAAACAGCAGGAAUGUCUCAGUGUGUCAUUAUGGUGUCCAUGUCAAUGCAUGCUCGGCAUUGUAAGUAUAUGUUGUACGCAUUCUGUGAGAAUGGGUCUGCUUUUUCUCAUGUUCUCUAAAUAAACAGAAGACAGCUUCCAUUAUAGGAAGAGUUUUGUUUCACAACUGAUAUUCCAGGGAAGUCAUAAUCUGUUUUACCUCAGUGAACAAAAUGAAGCAUACUGUAAUAGACACAUAUAAAUGACUUCACAUUCAUAUGUUUGUGGGUUGGCCAUGAUUGGAUGGAAUUUCUUUUAAAUAUUUACACUAAAAUGUCUUAAUUAAGUGACUUUUUUAAUAACAAAAAUUGAGUAAAGAACAGAAGUUGGAGCAUCAUUUGUAUGCU